UCAACCGUACUCGGGAAGAGUAGGACGACGAUUUCGCACAGGCAGUACGUCGCCGGUUCUGAUAGCGCUCUGAUGACCUCGCACAUGGCUUCAUGUGGGAAGAUGACGAUGCUCGCGCUGGCGUGCGUCAUCGUCACCGUCGCCGGCAUCACCGCCAAUGCAGAUGACCAGUUCAUCACGACACAGUGCAAGAUGAACGUUCCACUUCACUACAAGUUUGAGAACACGUACACGACGUUCGGAAACACCGAUAAUUCCCUGGUGUUAGAGGCGGACGUCUACGUAGAAUGCCUCGGGGAUUCCACUCGGCAGUUGUCAGGAAUGCCGCCAAACGAGACGCUAACUGCGCAUUGGAUCAGCAUUGAAAAUGUUGCUGUGAGGCAGCAAAAGAAUAGGGAUUCGUUGCGGGUUGGCAAGGACCACGAGUUCUCGACUCCUUUCACGAUGCUACAGCGACCUAACGGUGCAAUAGCGGCCCUCAUCCACCAACGCAACGCAAGUAGUGGCACCACCCGAAACCUGAAGAGAAACGUCGCCUAUGCAUUACAGACAAAUCUGGACAAGAACAGACAGCAGGUGAUAGCUCUUGACAACGCAGGAGUUUACACCAAGCGUUACAGCCACGAGACACUGCGCGACGGAUCGCAGAAGGUGAUGUCCACGUUUGGGCCCGGCGAUGUCGUUCAGGUGUUUGGAGGCGCUAAUCCCGUCAACUACGCCCAGUUCAGUGGCAGCACAGAGAACGUGUUUCGUGAUGGAGUGCUCACUUCCGCCUCUGGCUAUUUGAAAAUGCAAUUCUCUGGAGAAAAUGGACAUGCCGAUGACAUAAUGAGGAACAUGGUGGUGACUAGUGAAUAUUCGCUGUCACUGCAGCAGAGCAGGCGCAAGAGAUACGCAGAGAUGAUUCCAUCGCUUUCAGACAUUCCGUACGACGGCAUGAUCGAAACGCCUGAAGGCUCACCAUUAGAAUAUUUUUCUGGCUAUGAAGAUGUAUCAUUCAGCUACAUGCUGUCCAGCGAAGAUAUAAAUGACCGACUGCGUGACCAUUUCACCGAGGAAGGGUCGGGUGAUGCAUUGCGGGAGCUAGAGAAAAAAUUGUAUCUGGCACCUUCUCAUGAGAGAGCUAGCAUGAGUAAAGAGGUAGCCGCCUAUAUGGAAACGGUGAGCGAUGCGACAUGCAAAAACAAGUGGAGCGAAUGCCUUGAUGCUCUUAGAUUGCUCGUUAUCGACGGCGGUCGUCCAAGUGAAAUCGAGCUGAUUCGCAGGCUAGAUUCGGACAUUGGCUUCAACGAUGAAGAACUACGGUCACUCAUAAAUCUAAUUGCCAAGAUACCGAGCCCAAGUGAUUCACUGGUCCAGGAAAUAACCGAGAGACUAGAAUCGGAACCGUCCUCCUCUCUUCUAGCACAUCUGACGCUGACGCUGGGUGCUGUCGCGGGAAGCCCGUCGAUUAGCGAAGAACAAACGAGUGCAGUCGAACAAGUUCUUCUUCGUCGCCUUCAUGACAUUGAACCGAUAUGUAGCGAUCAUGCACGUGGUCUGGACAUCAUCCACGCGAUCGGCAAUCUUGGAAAGCCAGCCUCCCUGCAUAGAUUACAGGAUGUGUUUCAGAAAUGCGAAGCAGGGAACCCAGUGAGGUUUGCAAUAAUAUAUGCAAUGAGAAAGCAAUUGUGCAGCACAGAGUCCCAGGAAAUCUUUCGGAGACUGUUUGAAAAUGCCAACUGCGAGGAGAUGGCGGCAGUGAUGACGAUGCUGACGGAUGACACGACUAACGGCUGUUCCGCUCGUGACUCUACCUCCAUUGAUACUCUACUGAAAGAGAAACAAACUUAUUCUCCCAUGUAUACAUGCAUACAAGAGCAGAUCUUUGUAUAUUUUUCACGGCAGGGUAAUCGCGGUAUCAAUCCAUCCGCAUCGGUUCAGUAUGCCGACAACAGUAACGGAAGCACUUUCGAGACAGGAAACGAAAGAGUAAAGCGCUAUGCAUCUACGGACUCUGCGCCAGUGUUUGAUUCUACUUGCUCCAACUGGGGUGGUCAACCAUUCAGUGGCCUGUGCUUCCCAGACCAGCAGUUCUCCUACGACAUCAACACUUACAAGAAGCGUCGCCAUUGUUCUGCUGUUGCGACGGCUGGAAUCCCCAACGCUAGAUACAAUGUUCUCUCGAAUAUGUUUGCCGGCAAACAGACGUCAUCUAACAACGUAAAAAUGCUCAAUAAGAUGACAGUGACCGCAAACGUCAUGGGCAGUCCCAUCUACAUUGGUUCUAUCCUCGCUUACCGACUGACGCAGAAGAAUGACGCAAAAACAGUCAACCAAACUAGAGUCUACAUGGAAACACAGGGAAAUAUUGGACUCAUUAACGACCACACGGACUCUUGUGCCAACCGAACAAAGCCCUACGAGAGUCGAUUUGGUUUCGUAGUUUCACCGAUGUGGCUAUUUCAAAUGAACAACAUGCGAUUGCGGUAUCAUACGAUCGUGACAGUCAACUUCACAUGUGAUGUGUCGUGUACUGCUCAAGAUAGUGAUAUACAGCUUACACUUCGACCACAGGCGAAUAUUGCAACAGUGUCAUGCCUUCAAACCAAUAUGCUCGAUUUAUCAGAGGCAACAUUGAACGUAAACGGAACGUUUAACUAUUGGACCAGCAGCACGAUGGACACAAAACCUUGUCUGGCGGCCAGGUAUGGUUAUGAGCCCAUGAGCGUGAGCACCGAUGCCUGGAGUCGAAUGCGAAAGUCGCCAAUAGUGGGACCCGUCAUAUGGGGCGAGAAAAGGUCUAUUACUGAACCGACAAAUUUAUGGGCGACUAAAGAACUGCCUGGGGCGGAGUUUGCGCCUCCUUCGUGUGCGGCUACAGAAAACCAACCCAGUGCACCUAGUAGAAGACAGCAAGAAGAGGAAUCAAGGGUGGCGCAGCAUGCUCAAGACGUUUCAGUCCAAUCUCUACCGUCGAUUCGUAAAGAUUUAGUUGAACACCACACAGAGGAGGAACCAUCACGAUCAGUGGGCACAUCAAGCCCUUUUUUGUUAAGCCGGGGUCAACGAAUCAAUGUAGACACAAGCUCGAUUAGCACUGCGUUACCGACUAAGGAGCAUAAACCAACUUACGCUCAACCUGUCGACAUAGCAGUUUCAUUUCAGAAUACAAAUACUCAACGUCAACAAGAAACAAUCGUAAGGACUGGGCAUAAGGAGUCCCCGAAUACUGAAUCGCAGCUUACGCCGCGACAGCUACCUUACCCUACUGGUAUCGACAAUAGAAAUGCGAAGACUGUUUCACAACAAGCAAACCAAGGUGUAAGGAGCUCGACAACAUCAGCGAAGCAACCAAGACGAAAUAACAGACAGCCACGCCCAACAUAUCCAGAUGAACCAACUCAAACAACUGAUUCACAACAAACAAGACAAAAUCAACAAAGAGUAAAUAACAGACAACCACGCCCAACCUAUCCAGAUGAGCCAACUCAAACAACUGAUUCACAACAAACAAGACCAAAUCAACAAAGACGAAAUAACGGACAGCCACGCCCAACAUAUCCAGAUGAGCCAACUCAAACAACUGAUUCACAACAAACAAGACCAAAUCAACGACGAAAUAACGGACAGCCUCGCCCAACAUAUCCAGAUGAGCCAACUCAAAGAACUGAUUCACAACAAACAAGACCAAAUCAACAACGACGAAAUAACGGACAGCCUCGCCCAACAUAUCCAGAUGAGCCCACUCAAAGAACUGAUUCACAACAAACAAGACCAAAUCAACAAAGACGAAAUAACGGACAGCCACGCCCAACAUAUCCAGAUGAGCCAACUCAAAGAACUGAUUCACAACAAACAAGACCAAAUCAACAAAGAGUAAAUAACACACAGCCACGCCCAACAUAUCCAGAUGAGCCCACUCAAAGAACUGAUUCACAACAGACAAGACCAAAUCAACAAAGACGAAAUAACGCACAGCCACGCCCAACACAUCCAGAUGAGCCAACUCAAAGAACUGAUUCCCAACAAACAAGACAAAAUCAACAAAGACGAAAUAACGGACAGCCACGCCCAACAUAUCCAGAUGAGCCAACUCAAAGAACUGAUUCACAACAAACAAGACCAAAUCAACAAAGAGUAAAUAACACACAGCCACGCCCAACAUAUCCAGAUGAGCCCACUCAAAGAACUGAUUCACAACAGACAAGACCAAAUCAACAAAGACGAAAUAACACACAGCCACGCCCAACAUAUCCAGAUGAGCCAACUCAAAGAACUGAUUCACAACAAACAAGACCAAAUCAACAAAGACGAAAUGACACACAGCCACGCCCAACAUAUCCAGAUGAGCCAACUCAAAGAACUGAUUCACAACAAACAAGACCAAAUCAACAAAGACGAAAUGACAGACUACCACGUCCUACAUAUCCUGCUCAACAACAACAAGGUAGUGAUUCACAGCCAACAGCAUACAAUCAACCAAGAAGGUCAAAUGGCCAGCCAGUGGUAAAGACCACAAGGCCUGCAGAUGAAAGAGUGAGCUCGCGAUAUCAACCAAGUAACCAAGACAACCAAAAUAAUAGACCGCACCAGCCAUCGUUAGCCAGGCAACUGACCCCCGAACCCAACACCCAGACAAACCCGAGUCAAUUACCACAGCAAUCUAAUAGACAGACGAUUCCAACAUCUGUUAGACAUAUCACACAACCAGAUAUGAUAAACGCAGUCAAAAUUAGGCAAGCUGGUGCAGGAGACACUCAGAACAUUGGUCAACAACCAUAUGCUGGGGGUUAUCAGAAGUUAUCUCUAGUGCCCGGAGCAUGUCAAGACUUGCCGGAUGGACUAUAUCCCAGUGACGGAGACUGCAGAAUAUUUUACCAGUGCUAUGAAGGAAGGAUAUUUCUCCUGCAUUGUGUCUCUGGUCUAGCGUACAAUCCUGUAGUACAUGGGUGUGAUUAUCAGAGAAUGUCAUGGGAUGUGAUCUAGGUAUCUCUGACACAGCAUUAAGGGCAUACGGAGGGCAAUUUGUUUUCCCAAACUACUUAAAUUUCACGUGUUCUUUUAAAGAACCUGGUUGGUAUAGGCAUUUAGAAGACUGUAGGUAUUUUUACCAGUGCUCGUCAAUAGGAACUGUAUCCGUACAUUAUUGUGACAAUGGUCUUGUUUUUGACAAGGAACACAUUGUUUGCGAUUAUCCACAGAAUGUUAAGGAAUGUCUCGGCUUUGGGUCUGAAGAGGUAGCAAUCACUGACACGACAUUUCUGCAACGGAACCCCUGAUGGUUUGUACAGUGAUGAAACGGAUUGUAGCCUAUUUUAUCAAUGCGCAGACGGUCAGACACACGCACGUAGGUGUGUGAAUGGCUUGGUAUUCAGUGAAACGACGCAGCUGUGUGAAUAUAAGUCUUAGUACCGAGAAUGCUUUUCUGGUCUGAACAUUCUUCCGUAGGAAAACAACGUUAGUUGCACAGGUGUGAAAAUGGCCAUUUACCCCAAUCCUGACAGGUGCACCAGCUUCGUUCAAUGUGCUGAUGACGUUGCCUAUGUUCAGGAGUGUGGCCUUCAGCAAGCAUACAAUGAAGAGUUACAAGCCUGUGACUAUAUUUACAACGUUUCCAGCUGCUUCCAAAAUGAUGGACGAUCCAACCCAUCUCAGCCAAUCGUAAAUACAUUGUACAAACCUCCAGCAGAUGAUCAAAUAAGAAGGGAACCACAAUCUUCCAUCUCUGACUAUCAACGCCGAUCAUCGUCAAACAGCAACGUGCAGGCGAAAAUAAAUACUAACAGAGACAACAAAGACCAAUCUCCUAUGCAGAUCGUGCAGAAAACACCAGAGAGACAGACACGGACACACCCGAGGUCUUCAGUGACAUCAGCGCAAAGCUCAAUCACGUUGCUGGAACCAAGAAAAGAUAUUGAUGCUCAGCCGAGUAGCUCCUCUUCUUUACCGACACAGAGCAAUUCACAGACUUCGUCCUCGUUUCAACGUAGAGUCCUCGGCGUCUUUGGUCAUGACCCAAACUGUAAUUGCUGAGAGGAACGCCGUGCGUACCUAGUGCAACAAAAAUAUAUCUCGGUGGGAGUCAUACUGCAUAUAUAUACACUUAACUAAUUACUUUUUAUAGUAUUAUAGCCUUGUUCUUGCGAAUAUUAAUCCAAUAUAGACAUGAUAGACACAUAUUAGUCGUUAGAUCAAUCAAAUUUACGAUAGUGUCGUGUUUGGCAUCUGGGGUCAUAAUUCCUUAGGAUAUUAUAAGAAUGAUAAGCAUCUUUUAGUGCGAUCAAACACAUCGAAUGUUGACGUUAUCCAUGAUAUUCCGAGUUCGAGUCACAUCGACUGAUGCGCUUUGAUUGUUACAGCUUGAUUUAGUUUUUUGUACAAGAUUUGAGAUUGUUAUAAUGAUAUUUCUUCGAGUAUAGAUAGCGCGAGAUUAAUGUAGUGGAAUCAAAAACCGUUUGCCGUAUAGAAUACUAAGAUAUGGAAAUAUAUAGUAUAGCAAAAUGCAA